AUGGAAGGCGCUGACAUUGUUGAGUCGCCGCGUAAGCGGCAGAAGGUUGACAAUACCUCUACGACAGAUGAAGCUACACUCCCCCCUUCCGCGGCGGCACCUGCGGAAAUCUCCGAAAGUGACGCUCAAGCAUUGAAGGAGGCCGAAGUCGGGAUUACCGAGUUCGUUAGUGCAGAGAAUGCGGGAUUUUCUGGAAUUUUGAAGAAGAGGUAUACCGAUUUCUUGGUCAAUGAGAUCGUUCCCUCGGGCGAAGUGCUGCAUCUUAAUACCCUUGCUGGACCUCAGUCGGAACAGAAUAACAAUGACUCUGGGAGUAAGACGGAAACACCAGUGGAGAGCAAGCCACAGGGGGAAUCGGAAGCUGCGAUUGCGAGCGAUGCCACACCCAACGCGGAGACACCGGCGGUCGAAUUUAAAAUCUCAGAUGAGGACAAGGCGCUGUUGGAUUCUUAUUUUGGCGCCGAUCACGCUAAGAAGAUUAUAUCGCUGUAUAGACGCGCCCAGUCCAAUGAGAAAGCCCGCCCAAGUGAAUUGGGUAGGCUUGCAACCGUUAUUGUAAACGAUCGCGACCUGCGCAUCAAGAUGCACCAGGCGAUCCGUCGCAUCUUCAAUUCGCAGAUUGAGUCUUCUACGGACGGUGAAGGCUUGAUGACCAUUUCGGUCGCUGCAAACCGAACCAAGCGCAAGGCGCAAGGUGCUCGCGAGGGUGGCCGCAAUCAAGGUCGUGUCAACUGGGAUGAGCUCGGAGGCCCCUAUUUGCAUUUUACUAUCUACAAGGAGAACAAGGACACUAUGGAGGUUAUAUCCUUUAUCGCGCGCACCUUGAGGUUGAAUCCCAAGAGCUUCCAAUUUGCCGGCACUAAGGACAGACGUGGAGUCACGACGCAAAGAGCUUGCGCUCACCGCGUGCAUGCCGAUCGACUUGCGAAACUGAACUCGACCCUCCGCAAUGCGGCACUCGGCGAUUUUGAGUAUCGCAAGUACGGCCUUGAACUAGGUGAUCUCGCCGGAAACGAGUUCGUUAUCACACUCCGCGAAUGUGAGAUCCCAGGCCUUGAUCUCCAAGAUCGUGAAACCGCCAUUAAGAAUGCCACCGAGCGCGUGGGAUCGGCUUUGCGAAACCUGCGUGAACGUGGCUACUUCAACUACUACGGUCUUCAGCGUUUUGGAACCUUUGCUACGCGGACGGACACAGUGGGUGUCAAGAUGCUGCAAGGAGACCUGAAGGGCGCCUGUGAUGCGAUCCUUCACUAUAGUCCCCACGUUCUGGCCGCUGCCCAGGAAGGCGAGAACUCGACUACUUUGAUAAGUUCAGAUGACAAGGCCCGCGCAGAGGCCAUCCACAUCUUCGAAACGACUGGUAGAAUCAGCGAUGCCGUUGAGAAGCUGCCUCGGAAGUUCUCUGCCGAAGCUAACUUGAUACGCCAGCUGGGCCGUUCCAAGAAUGACUACCUCGGAGCCCUGCAGGCGAUUCCCCGGAACCUGCGGUUGAUGUAUGUGCACGCCUACCAAUCGUUGGUCUGGAACUUUGCUGCAGGCGAGCGGUGGCGGCUGUACGGAGACAAAGUCGUCGAGGGAGACCUGGUUCUCAUCCACGAACACAUCGACAAGAACCAAAACGCCAAUGGCCCUGUCACUGAUGUCGAUGCAGACGGCGAGGUAAUCAUUGCCCCGCAAGCCGAGGACAGCGCCUACGCCGCAAGCGAUGCCUUUGUGCGCGCGCGAGCCCUGACAGCCGAGGAAGCCGCCAGCGGCAAGUAUACGAUCUUCGACGUUGUCCUCCCCUUGCCAGGAUUCGACGUGCUUUAUCCCGCCAAUGCUAUGGGCGAUUUCUACAAGCGCUUCAUGGGCAGCGAACAAGGAGGCGGUCUAGACCCAUAUGACAUGCGCCGUAAAUGGAAGGACAUCAGCUUGAGUGGAAGCUACCGGAAGUUCCUCAGCCGGAUGGGAGCAGACUAUUCGGCUGAGGUGAAAUUGUAUACCGCGGACGAUGAGCAGUUCGUACAGACAGAACUGGAGAAACUUAACGGCAAGCAAAGCACCGCAGCCAAUGCCGACUCCGCCGACAAAGUUGCCGUCGUUCUGAAGUUCCAGCUGGGCUCCAGUCAGUAUGCAACCAUGGCCCUAAGAGAGCUGAUGAAAGGCAAGGUGCUUGCGUACAAACCUGAUUUCGGUGGACGUUAA